GCUCGGCUCCAGUCGUGACUCGGUGGUCCAGCGGAAUAGAUCUCUCGUGGCACCAAAAACCUUGAAACCCCGUUUAGUGACCACUUAUCAGCGCGCCAGUGAGUUUGCGAAAAGUGUACGACGAAUUUCCUCAAAUCAUCGCAACCCUUGUGUUAUCAGCGAUUCUCCGUAAAAGGAAGUCAACGAACGGCGGCGGCGUGUGGUCGAGAUUUGAGAACAAUUUGCUUACCAGCUUGAGAAGCAUCUAAACAGGUCACCAUGGCCCUCGAGGCUGGCCAACUUCCGGUCGGCUCGUCCCAGAAGCUGCUCGAAGAGGUCGCCCGCUCCGAACUCGACUCGGACGACUUUGCGCUCACCCUGACGGCCGGUUCCGCCAUCGGCGACAACUACAUCGGAGUGCUGUUCCGGGCCCGGGCCGAGUGUCGCCGCUCAGGUCGCGCCCUGAACAUCAUCGUGAAGCUUCCGCCGCAGAACGAGGCCCGCCGGAACCAGUUCUUCGCCCAUCCGGCCUUCGAGCGGGAGAUUUACUUUUACGACACGAUCUACCCGGUGCUGGAGGAGUUCCAGCGGGAGAAGGGUAUCGCGUUGGAGGCCGGUGAUGGGUUCUACCAGGUUCCGCGGUGCUUGAAGACGUGCGUCCGGGAGUACGAGGAGGCCAUCUUCAUGGCGGACCUCAAGCAGGAGGGCUUCGAGAUGUUCGAUCGGCACAAGGAGCAGGGGUUGGAGCACUUCCGGUUGGUGGUUAAAACCCUGGGGAAGUUGCACGCCCUGUCGUUUGCCCUGAGGGACCAGCAGCCGGAACGGUUCGAGCCGUUCCGGGCGAUGGUGGAGCUGUUUACGACGCGGGAUGAUGACGCCUCGAUGGAACAGUGGUUCCAGGCGUUGGUCACGAGGGCGCUCGAGACGCUGGACGAGAAGACGGAGCCGGAGGUGUACGAGAAGACGCGGGACGCGUUGAAGGUUAACUUUUUGGACCACAUCCGGGAGCUGACGAAGGGCGCCAGUGCGGAACCGUACGCGGUUAUUUGUCACGGGGAUUGCUGGAACAACAAUGUCAUGUUUAAGCAUGAUGAGCACGACACCCCGGUGGAAAUCCGACUCCUGGACUGGCAAAUCUGCCGCUACGCCUCGCCCGUGCUGGACCUGAUGUACUUCCUGUUCACCGCCUCAACCAAAGCCUUCCGCGACGCCCACUACGAAGACCUUCUCCAGCUCUACCACGACACUCUGUCCACCUUCCUGCGCCGUCUCGGAUCCGAUCCGGAACGGCUCUUCCCGCGCUCGGCCCUCGACGAUCAGCUGGUCCGCUUCGGCCGGUUCGGUCUGCUGAUGGCCGCGAUGCUGCUCCCGAUCAUCACCACCAAAAGCGAGGACAUUCCCGACCUGGACGGGAUGGCGGAGAAGCUCGAGAAUGGGUUUGAUGUGUCGAGCGAGAUUAACAACUUCAAGUCGGAGGGCACGCAGGACAUUUACAGGGAGAAGAUGGCCGGAUGCUGCCGGGAUAUGGUCCGGUUAGGGUACAUUUAGAUUGAUCACAGUAUUUGCGAGGAAGAAACACCAAAAAGUUAUGUUUUGUAUACGGAGAAAGUUUGAAAAUAUAUAUUCAAAUAAAUUUUAAAA